AUGUCGCCACCGGGACAUCACCGCCGGCUCCGUCGGUCGUCCAGCGUCGCUGAGGGUAAAAGGUCGGAGGAGAAGGGCGCCGACUCGACCAAAGUAAGCGAUUCUGCGGCUGUGGACGACGCCAAAAAGGCCCCGGCUGACGGGGAGGCGAAGCUGGCGGCUAAAGGUUCGUCUUCCGAGGAGUACUUCUCGUCGAGGCGGGAUCCGGAUAGCCUAGAUGCUGUGGCGGCGGGAACAGAGGUUGCAGCUGACUCAUUGCCCGGUGAGCACGUGGACGCUAAUGCAAGUGUGAAAGCAGGUGAGGACAACGAAACCUCGGCAGUGCCGGAGCUGGAGAAGGAAGAGGAGAAGAAGGACAAAGAGGAGACGACCGCCGAAAAAGAAAAAGAAAAAGAAAAAGAAAAAAAAGGGAAAUCAAUUGGAAAUCUCUCUGUAGACUUCAAAGAGGCCAUUUCUUCGGAUGAAAAAGAAGUAGAGGCACCUGCAAUGGAAAAGGAAAAUACAGAAGUAGCGAGGAUCACUGCGGAAGAGAAGAACUCAGGGGAAAGCAAAACUGCGACCUGA